GACAGACAUCAUCAGCUAUUGAACCAACAGAAUCUGAAUCUGGAGUUGGUGGAGUUGUUGGUGGUGCAGUUGCCGCAGCUGUGUUUGCUAUAGCUGCUAUUGUAGUGCUUAUAAUACUGGUUUAUUUUAUAAGAAGAUAUCGAAUGGUAAGUUAUAUACAGUAGCUUUUUUACAUCAUUCGUAAUGUUAAUCCUAUUUGCACUCAAUGUACAUAAUAUGCACAGCGAGGAUGGUGCUCUGUUUGUGUGCCUGUACGUAAAACGCUUGCACACAUCAUUUUAUAGCGCCUUUUAAAGUUAUGGUUGAUGUUAUUUACAAUACAAAUAAUGGUUCACAGAGUUUUCAUUGUCACAAUCAGUGUGGCAUGCAUAAGAUCUGUGGAUGCAGCAUUACAAGGUCUGGAUGCACGCAAAGCAUGAUAGUGCAAGCAGUCUAGCUGAAUGUUGAAAUGUGAUGGCGAUGCCUUGAGUUAGUAAAACAACUUUGACAUUUUGCAGACAAAUAAGCUUGUUGUUGAUGGUGUUAAGGAUUAUCCUGGAGAACAACUCAGUCAAGAUGAGAAGAGCAGCAUUAUGCGAGUAAAGGAAGAUAAAAGUCGAGAGAAAAGUGGCAUUGGUGGACUUUGUAUAGAUGGGAAUAAAAUAUACUAUUCCUGCUGUGAAAAAUACACAAAUAAACCAGACGAACUGUAUACAAUUCACAUAUGUAAACCAGAUGGAGAAUUGAUGAUUCUUGGUGGCUUCAAACAUAUACGAGGGAUCGCAAAAUAUGGCAAAAACUUCUACGUUGUUGACAGCCUCAACAGGCGAGUGUUGAAGUUUGACAGUAAGUGGAACCCAGUAAGCAGGACAAGUCGUAGAUCUACAAAAAACGGCCUUGUUUUGAGUGAACCUUACGGAAUUUACAUAAAUGGAGAGUAUGUUUUUGUCUGUGCACGCAGAAGCAAAAAAAUCUGCAUAUUUGAUCACGAACUGAAUUUACGUUAUAGUAUCAAACAUCAUCAUCUUGAAUCUGGUCCAAUUGAUAUUACUUUUUUCGAUGGUAAAUUCUUUGUGACCAUUAAAAGUGCAAUAAUAGUGCUUGAGAUUGACUUUGAAAGAAAAACAUAUAAAAUAUGCAAGAAAAGCGGGAUUCUCAUGGACAACAAACCUGAACCUUUCAAUGCAGGACUUGAAUUAAGAGGGAUAGCUGCAAGUGACAAAUAUCUAUAUGUUACAGAGACCGGUGGGCGAUUGCUGUGCUUGUGGUACCAUCCUACAAAUUACCAGCUCGUUUAUACCGAUUCAAUUCCGCAAUGCUCCCCGGUUGUUGUCGUUUACGAUGCUGGAUGUGUUUAUUAUAGCCGACGCAAAAAUAAAAAAGGAAGAUUCGCAAUUUCUAGAGUAGUUCAUGAUUCGUCCAUGAAUAAAAUGACGUAUGAGGAUAUUCCUAACUUAGGUUUGUAGCAUUUUUGACAUAUUUUUUUUACUGCGGCAAUGUUUAACUAAUUUUUCAGUUGCAUUGUAAGUUUUGGUAUGUGUUGGUAAACAGUUACAUGAUAUUCUAACCAUCUGUCAGAUGGCCCACAUCUAGCUGUACGCAUAAACCCAGUGGUUUUAUACAAGUGUUCUGUUCUCCUCGUGAGAAUCCACCUAUACGCCAUUUCAACAAUCUUUUCCUUCUUCUUGUUCUCCUUAUGGGAACCGGGUGAAGUGCUG